AUGUCUUCUGAGGUGGGCUUCAGCCCCAAGGAGGCCCAGAAGGCCAGCUCGACCACACAGAAGCAAAGGCACUGCAGUCGCCGCUGCGGACCUCGCAGCAUGCGAUGCCCGCGCAAGAACAGCUUUGCUCCCUACUUCCCCAGGGUGUUGAGCCAGUUCCACCGCGGCCUCCGGCUUACCCCGCAGUCGGUGAGCAUCCUGGACUCCUUUGUUCACGACUUCCUCCAGCGCAUCGCUGAGGAAGCCGCCAGUCUGGCCCGCUACAACAAGAGCUCUGCCAUCACCUCCAGAGAGAUCCAGACUGCCGUGCGCCUGAUUUUGCACGGGGAGCUCUGCAAGCACGCCGUGUUCGAGGGCACCAAGGCCCUCAUCAGGUAUACCCUCAGCGCCUGA